UAUUUAGUGUGUGUUGGUUCUAGUUCAUUUCAGUUCAUGAGCAACAUAUUUUGUUCGUCAUUUCAUUUUUGUUUUUUUAAUAUGGCUGAUACAAAGGGUUUUUCGAGCAUUGAGACACCCGGCUAUGUGGGCUUUGCCAAUUUGCCCAAUCAAGUGCAUCGCAAGUCCGUGAAAAAAGGCUUCGAAUUUACGCUGAUGGUUGUCGGAGAAUCAGGCUUAGGCAAAUCAACGUUGGUUAACAGUUUAUUCCUAACCGAUUUAUAUCCGGAACGCAUUAUACCCGAUGCCAUAGAAAAACAAAAGCAAACUGUAAAACUGGAGGCAUCGACCGUGGAGAUUGAGGAACGAGGCGUAAAGCUCCGUCUAACGGUAGUCGAUACACCUGGUUUUGGCGAUGCAAUCGAUAAUUCAAAUAGCUUUAGCGCCAUACUAGAAUAUAUAGAUGAGCAAUACGAACGUUUUCUCCAGGAUGAAAGCGGACUGAAUCGUCGCAAUAUUGUGGACAAUCGCAUACAUUGCUGCUUCUAUUUUAUAUCGCCGUUCGGGCAUGGUCUUAAACCGCUCGAUGUGGAAUUUAUGAAGAAACUGCACUCGAAGGUGAACAUUGUGCCUGUUAUUGCCAAAGCCGAUUGUUUAACAAAAAAAGAGAUAUUGCGCUUGAAAUGCCGCAUCAUGCAGGAAAUUGAGAGCCAUGGCAUUAAAAUAUAUCCACUGCCCGACUGUGAUUCAGAUGAGGAUGAAGACUACAAGGAGCAAGUGAAACAACUGAAGGAAGCUGUGCCUUUCGCCGUCUGCGGCGCUAAUACUCUGCUCGAAGUGAAGGGCAAGAAGGUGCGCGGUCGCCUCUAUCCAUGGGGCGUUGUUGAGGUUGAAAAUCCAGAACAUUGUGAUUUUAUCAAACUGCGCACCAUGCUCAUCACACACAUGCAGGACCUCCAAGAGGUUACACAAGAGGUGCACUAUGAAAAUUAUCGUUCCGAUCGUCUUGCUAAAGGCAUCAAAGGCAAAGAGAAUGGCAUUAAAUCUGAUCGCAUCGAUACAAAUGGUUCAUCCCAGGUGGGCGUUAACAGUGUGCUAUCCGAGAAGGAUCGCAUACUGCAAGAGAAGGAGGCAGAGCUGCGUCGCAUGCAGGAGAUGCUUGCACAAAUGCAGGCGCGUAUGCAGGCACAAAAGUGAGCAGUGACUGUGAAAGAUUAAAGAGAGGAGAGAACGUAGCACGUUUUGUGCAAUUUACACACAAACACACACACACACACACACACACAUAAAACUUAAAGAUACAUAUAUAUAUUUUGUACGCAGUUUUUAAGUUGCGAUUACAAUCGCCAGUCUAUUUGCUUAGUUAUGCAUUUUAAACACACACACACACACACACACGAAUAUAUUUAUAUUUAUAUA